AGUUACAAUAAUGGGGAAAUCAGAAAGUCAAAUGGAUAUUGUGGAAAAAUCGACCAAAUCUGGGAAGAAGCGCUGGAGCUUUGUGGCCAUCGGGCUGGCUGUCCUGCUGCUCCUCAUGACUUGUGCUGCCGUCGCCCUGGUGAUCCUCUAUGCCAGCAGCAGAGGUUCCCGCUAUGGCACCAACUCGGGCGACAUCUGUACCACCCCUGGGUGUGUGACAGCAGCCGCCAGAAUCAUCCAGAACAUGGACCCCACAGCUGACCCAUGCCAGGAUUUCUACCAGUAUGCCUGUGGGGGCUGGCUGAACAGGCAUGUGAUCCCAGAGACCAGCUCCAGAUACAGCAUCUUUGACAUCCUGAGGGACGAGCUGGAGAUCAUCCUCAAAGGUGUGCUGGAGACUUCAGACCAAGGGGACAGAGAAGCAUUUCAGAAAGCUAAAAUCCUUUACAAGUCCUGCAUGAAUGAGAGUCUUAUAGAGCAACGAGAUUCCCUGCCCCUGCUGCAGGCCUUGAGGAUGGUUGGAGAUUGGCCAGUGGCUUCUGCAGACUGGAGUAAGACCAGAGAGCCAAGCUGGAGCAUGGAGGAAACCCUUUCCAUCAUGAACUCCAGGUUUAACAAACGUGUCCUCAUCGACAUGUUCGUGUGGAAUGACGACAGGGAUUCCAGCAGGCACAUCAUUUAUAUUGACCAGCCAAGUUUGGGAAUGCCAUCCAGGGACUACUACUUUAAUGGGGGCAACUAUCAGAGAGUGAGGGAAGCUUACCUGCAGUUCAUGAUCACCAUUGCCAAAAUGAUCCGGGAGGACAAGAACGUGUCCAGGGAUGAUUCCUUUGUCCAAGAGGAGAUGGCAAAGGUCAUGGAGCUUGAAACAGAGAUUGCAAAUGCCACCACCCCAGCAGAGGAAAGGCACGAUGUGACCUUGUUGUACAACAAAAUGACCUUAGCAGAGCUGCAGGAAAAGUUUGCAUUCAAUGAAUUUAACUGGACCUUCUUCAUCCAACGUGUCAUGUCUUCAGUGAGUGUUCAGGUGGACCCAGAGGAAGAGGUGGUUGUGUAUGGGAUGCCUUAUCUGCAAGAGCUGAAAGCAAUUAUCUCCAAGUACUCAGCCAGCACCAUCCAGAACUACCUCAUCUGGCGGCUGGUGAUCGACCGGGUCAGCAGCUUGAGCCGGCGCUUCAAGGACGCUCGGGCCAGCUACAGGAAGGCCCUGUACGGGACGACGCUGGAGGAGGCGCGCUGGAGGGAGUGCGUGAGCUACGUCAACAACAACCUGGAGAACGCGGUGGGAGCCAUGUAUGUCCGGGAGACUUUUGCUGGUGAGAGCAAGAGGAUGGUCCGAGAUUUAAUAGAGAAGAUCCGUGAAGUGUUCGUGGAGACCUUGGAUGAGUUACAGUGGAUGGAUGAGGCAUCCAAGGAGAAAGCUCGUGAGAAGGCAAUGGCAAUCAAAGAACAAAUUGGCUACCCAGAUUACAUUUUGGAAGAUCACAAUGAGAAACUGGACCUGGAAUAUGCCAAUUUAAACUUCAGUGAGCACAGCUACUUCGAGAACAUCCUGGAAAACCUGAGAGCUGGAGCCCAGAAGAGCCUGAAAAAGCUGAGAGAGAGAGUUGACCAAGAUAUAUGGAUAAUUGGAGCUGCAGUGGUCAAUGCAUUCUAUUCCCCCAACAGGAACCAGAUAGUUUUUCCUGCUGGGAUUCUCCAGCCCCCCUUCUUCAGCAAGCACCAGCCCCAGGCCCUGAACUUUGGAGGGAUUGGGAUGGUUAUUGGGCACGAGAUCACUCAUGGCUUCGAUGACAACGGUAGGAAUUUUGACAAGGAUGGGAACAUGCUGGACUGGUGGAGCAACUUCUCAGCACUGCAUUUCAAGGAGCAGUCCCUGUGCAUGGUGCACCAGUAUGGGAAUUACACCUGGGAGCUGGCAGGGGGACAGAACGUCAGUGGCAUAAGCACAUUAGGAGAAAAUAUUGCAGAUAACGGAGGAGUGCGACAGGCUUAUAAGGCCUACUUGAAGUGGCUGGAACAGGAAGGGAAGGAGCCAAGGCUGCCUGGACUGAACAUGUCCCACAAACAGCUUUUCUUCCUCAACUUUGCCCAGGUCUGGUGUGGUUCCUACAGACCAGAAUAUGCCAGUCAGUCCAUAAAGACAGAUGUUCACAGCCCUCUGAAGUACAGGGUGAUGGGCUCCCUGCAGAACUUUGAGGCCUUCUCCGAGGUGUUCCACUGCAAGAAGGGCACGGCCAUGCACCCCGCGGGGACGUGCCGCGUGUGGUAACCCGGGAUGGGACACUGGUGACACCACCACCAGCUGCUGGCAGGGAUGUGCCUGGUGUCCUGCUCAGCCCCAGGGGCAGCAGCAGGGGCAGCUGCUGCAGGGAGAGCCAGGGAAGCCCUCAGCUGUCCCCAGUGCCACUGGGAAUCUCACAGGCAUGACGGGGAUGGAGCUCGGGGCUGGCGAAGCCACGCUGUGUCCCCAGGCUCAAGGACUGUUUCCAAGGACAUCCUGACUGUUACUGAGACACUGCUUCAGGGUUACAAGGACUCAUUCUUACACAAGAAAACGAAACCAACAAGCAGCCACGGAUCUAUUUUUCAGAAAGGAAUAAUAAUUUUAAUACGCCAGCCCCGCUUUCUGGGGGCUCAGCAAUGCUGUCUGAGACUGUUCCACUGCUCCGUUUCCAGUGUUCUGGUUCUGGGUCUGGUGCAUUUUUCCCCCAGACCAGGUUAGGGCUGGUGUAAACUCUCGUGCUGUCUGUGCCCCUGCACUUUGAUCACUGCUUUGUUGUUCAUGGAUUGCUAUUUGUGGUGACAGUGAGCUCUGUGUCAAGAUGCCUGUCGCACUCUCCUCCUGCACUUGAGUUCCUCUGCUCCAAAGAACCCCCUUCAAGUGAGGCAUCACUACAAUUAUCACAUUGUAGGAGUACAAAUUCUGUCUUUAUGGUUAAAUUACAGGGUCCCACCCUUCAGAGAUAUAUUUAAAAUGAUGCUUAUUCUUGUAGAAAGUGUAUAAAAUACCUUUUGCCAAAUAGCAGACGUGUAUCCAUGGAAACAAUUAAGCUGGUUUUAAUCCUGUGCCUUUUUCUUUUGCCAUAGGCUAUUUUUCAGUAUUUACACUUGAAAAUGUAACAUGUAUUAAUUUUUAAUAAAAUUUAAAAGAAA